AUAAUUUGGUAAUACUAUUUUUUAAAAGGUAUAUAGACCAUGUAUAUCAUUUAUUUGUUCAUUUUCCUAAAAUUCAUUACAUUUAUAUGUCUGAUAGACUUUUAAAUAGAAUAAUUUUGAAAUUGUUUUAUGUACUUUGAUUUUGAAAACUUGAACACCUGAACGAAAUUACUUUAUGAGAUAUAAUAUUGAGAAUAAGCUGACAUUAGUGUGAAACAUCUUAAGGUAUUUUUUGAAAGAAUUGCAGGAGUAUUAUGUAGGUCCAAAUUUGAAAGUAGUUUGUUACUUUAAUACAAUUUUUGAAAAUGUUGAAUAAUUGAAAAUAAUUAAACAAUUAUUAUAACUUGAAUAUAUUCUAAUAUAUGUGAUUUGUUCUCCCAUAAAUAUAUUUGGUUAUUUCUGUUAUAAAAUGAAAGAUGCAGUGACUAUUUUGGAAGAGAGUCAUCUUCUGAAACAGCAGCUUUUAUUUUUUAAUGAGAAAUCGUUACCACUCAAUUAAAAGUUAAUGUUCUACUCAUAACAUCUAUUUGUUUAGAGGAGUUUAUUUCUACUGUCAUACAUUAUACUAAGCCUGUUUUUAUAUAGUUGGCCUUGGCAGGAUUAUGCGAAGAUGAAAUGAAAGGCAAAUCUUCCAGGAGUGAUAGACCUAAAGCUACAGUCUUUAAAAGCCCACGAACACCAUCUCAAAGGUUCUACUCAAGCGAACAUGAAUACAGCGGAUUACAUAUUAUUCAACCCUCAACUGGGAAAAUUGUGAAUGAACUUUUCAAAGAGGCAAGGGAACAUGGAGCAGUCCCUCUGAAUGAAGCCGCAAGAGCAUCAGGUGAUGACAGAUCUAAAUCAUUUACAGGUGGAGGAUACAGACUGGGUAAUUCCUUUUGUAACCGUUCUGAAUACAUCUGUGGAGAAAAUCAGCUGCAAGAUGUUCAGAUUUUGCUUAAACUGUGGAGGAAUGGUUUCAGUUUAGAUGAUGGAGAAUUGAGACCUUACAAUGACCCAACAAAUGCUCAGUUUCUGGAGUCUGUUAAGAGAGGAGAAAUUCCCCUGGAGCUUCAGCGUUUGGUUCGUGGCAGCCAAGUGAGUUUGGAUAUGGAGGAUCAUCAGGAUCAAGAAUACAUAAAACCUAGAUUGAGGUUCAAGGCUUUUAGUGGAGAAGGGCAGAAACUUGGAAGCCUUACACCUGAAAUAAUCAGUACACCUUCCUCCCCAGAAGAGGAGGAUAAGUCAAUACUUAAUGCGGUUGUUCUUAUUGAUGAUUCAGUGCCAACAACAAAAAUUCAAAUCAGAUUAGCAGAUGGAAGUCGUUUGAUACAAAGAUUCAAUAAUACCCACAGGAUCCUAGAUGUCCGAGACUUUAUUAUACAGUCCCGUCCUGAAUUUGCAACUCUUGACUUUAUUCUCGUGACUUCAUUUCCAAACAAAGAACUAACAGAUGAAAGCCUGACACUACAAGAAGCAGAUGUUCUUAACACUGUGAUACUCCAGCAGCUAAAGUUUUAAAGGAAGGAAAAAAAAAAGAUGUUCUAGAAGAAGUGGCAUCCUUUGAUUUCUGGAAAUGAAGCCACCUGGUCAGUUGCCCUUGGUAGAAUUGGGAUUAAGAGAACUAAGGAAUGUGCUUUUGAGGAACUAACACUGUAUGUAAUACCUGCGAUUUUCUGCAUCCCAGUAGUAAAUGUCAUUCUAGAAGAUUACAGAUAAGAAAGAAGAUGGCUCUGUGAAGACGUGGUGGAAACCUGUUAAGUAACUCUGAGUAUUUAGACACAACCAAAGGUAUGCUAACCACUUGUCGUGUAAUCUGGUUGCUUAUAGUAUAAUUUUUCUUAGAGAUUUUAUCCUUAUAUAUAAGAGUUAAAAUGUUGCUAGCCAGAAUAAUAGCUGUCAUUUAGUUCCAUUUUAUUUCUUUUGCGUAAUUUAUUUAACAUUUUUAGCCGUUAAUGCUUCAUUUUAGCAUGUAAAACCUCAUCAUCAUGUAUUUACUUUACUGGUGAUAUUCCCAAAAUAUGAAAGUAUAGUUAAUGAAAUUUAAUCACAGUAAUUUAGGAACAUGCUAAAAUAAUAUGUGAUAACUUUCUCUAACUGAAAAAUUAUAGAAAAUUGGGUGAUGCUAGAGACUUUAAUCACAUCACUCAUGCUUCUGAACUCAGACCAGUUUGAGGAACAGUUGACUUUGGCUACUCUCAGUUUGGCUGAGUUAUAAAGAAAAUUCUCCUUGUCAUAUGUAUUGUUCUUGUUCUCUAAGUUAACUCUAUUACCCAAUCUUCCACGCAAACAAAUAAGGCAAAAGUGACCGGAGUUACAGAUUUCCAAAUAUCCUUUAUAAACAGACAAGGCUUUCUGCAAACAUGUAUGAGUUUCAGUGUUGUUAGAAUUAUUUUCCAGAAAGAAAAAGAUGUUAUAAAACUCUUAAUUUUGAUAAUCCUUACUAGUACCCUAUCAUGUAUGGUAAAAUACUAAGCCAGUACUUAUAAAAUUCCAUAGUCUCUCUUGUUGUUUGACUUAUUAUAAAUACAAAUCUUAAAUAUAUGUAACAUUUAAAAUGGCACUAAAGCUUAUAAGUAUAAGCAAUCAGGAGUUCUCUAUAUACAGUCCUAGAAAUAGGAAAUUACUUUUAACGCAGGCAUCUGAAUCCUUUUGUUUUAGAUGUAAUAAAAAUAGCAGAGUCUAGAUCUAAGUACACUUCUAUGCGUCAGUGAAUGCAUGGCAUAUAUUAAUUUAACUUCCUCAGAUGCAGAGGCCCAAAGCACAAAAACUAUCUUUUUUCUCUACAUUAAUUUAAAAAAAAGGGGCUCUAUCUUAAUUUAAUCUGUUAAUAGUGAAAUUAUAAAAGAUGUUUGAAUUUCUAGAAGUUUUGAAAUUUCUGACAUUAAGUUUUAAUUUCAUACCUGCAAAUAGUUCCCCUCAUUCCACUUUAUGAAUGGACUUCUAAUCAAGGCUUAAUAGGCUUUACUUAAAUAAUUGCCUUUAAGUGUAUGCAAAAACAUGUUUAUUUAUUUCUUCAUUAUUCUUCCUGCCAUAAACAACAGUGCUUACUUUUAAUAGUAAUAUAGAUACCAGAAUAUCUAAAAAUUGGUGCACUAUAUGUUUGUGUUGGGGAAGGAGUAGUAGUGGUUGUGGUGGUUUGUUCUGUUCCUGUACCUCCAGCCAAUGCUUAAACUUUCACUUCCAGUCUUAAUUCUCCUGCCUUUGUCCUCUCAGUUUUUCUUUUCUUUGCUCUCCAUAUACUUGUCAAUAUUACUUCCAAAACUUUCUGACUCUUUGGGAGCUUCCCUGGAGACAAUAAGUUCUCUGUCCUAAAUUGUUGAGGGAGAAGAGCCAGGUGUGGACAGAACCUUGCCAAAGGCAGGGGUGGGAGUGCGGAAAGAUUAGGUCAGAUGACUAUCACUAUGAGGGUUGGAAGAGCAAAGCUGCAGUAACACAGGCAUGUUUUUAAUCAAGAACAUCUUUACAUAUAAAGGUACAUUAGAAUUGUUGCUAAUUCCACUACCAAAUGAAAUAUUUGUUUUUGAGUGAUUUACUACAGAGUUCCUUUAAGUGAAUUCCGAAUGAUUUGAUUACAAAAAGUAGUUUACAUUCAACAUUUUAGGUGAUCUAAUUUGUAAAUGGAGGUACAUUUUUAAAUACUAACAACUGAAAAUCCUUUAUAAACAUAAAUCCUGAAAUAUGAUAUCACUUUGAAUUUUUUUUAGCUUUUUUCCCCCUCUACAUUAUUUCAUAUGGACUUCACUCUUAAGAAGGAGCCCUGGUGGUGCAGUGGUUAAAGCACUUGGCUGCUAGCCUAAAGAUUGGCAGUUCAAACCCACCGGCUGCUCCACGGAAGAAAGAUGUGGCACUCUGCUUCUGUAAAAAUUUAUAGCCUUGGAAACUCCAUGGACACAAUAGGACAAGUUCUGUUCUGUGCUAUAGAGUCACUAUGAGUUAGAAUCCACUCAACAGCCCUGGGUUUGUUUUUGAUCACUCUUAAGAACCCUGAGGGAGAAACAGAAUAAAUUAUCUUCAGGUGAAAAAAAGACUUGCAAAGAAUCACAUUGUGAAUAGUGAUAAAGUCAAUGACUCCACUCUUGGUGUAGUUCUGUUUCCAUUUUUCAGUGUCUGCUCAGUAAAUAUGAUAAGUAUUCAGCAUAUUAAGUAAUUUUCUAAAGGAUAUUCAGCAAAUUUGGUAAUUCUUAAGUUCACCACCAAAAAAGCAUUUUCAGCUGAAACGUUAAUUUAUGAAGAUUUUGUAACUUUGGUUUCUAUUUAAUUCUUAUGGGAAGGGCUCUUAAUGCAUUUCAGUGUUUUCUUAUGUUUUUCCUCAGUGUUUGCUGUUUUUCUGUUUUGUUUUUUAACCUACUCUAGUAUCUUUAUUACAUCAAGACUGAUGUGGCAGAGAAAGCAGGUUGUUUGAAAGGCUCUAACUCUAAUUCUGUGAGAAUAUUAUGUCUGUUUAAAAAAACUGGAGAUAUGAAUUUAAAAUCUUUUUUAAAAUUGAUCUAGUGCAUGAAUCUGGUAUACUUAUUUAACUACAGGUGAGAAAAUCUUAAAAGCCAAAAUAUAGUAAACCAGUAAGAAAUCUGAAAAGUUCUUAAUGCGGGUUUAAAAAAAUGUUAUAUAUUGAGAUUUCUGGGAAGUUGGCAGUGCGAGGAGGUCUAAGAUCCCCACCCUCCUACACAAGAAAAGCAACUAGGAAUCUGUAAUCUCAACUCUGGAAAACUCUGAAAAUUAAGCAGAGAAAGAAUUGCAGCAAUGAACUGUACACUGAAAUAAGAAAAAGAUGUCUUUUAAACAAUAAGAAAACUCUUUUUGCUGUCCCUGCCCCUUUUCUUCUCAGCAUGGCAGCUGAGUGGCUGCAGUGGAGGUGGACCAUGGCUCACAUUCUCAAAAAGGGGGCCUGAUUUCUGGCUUUGGAGUGAUUUGGGCAGACUUGGCUGCAGAACUGUUUAGUAUAUCUGUUCUGAUUUGUCUAGGAGGUGCCUGAAGGACUGACGUUUUGGUCUCACCUGAGUCAGAGCUCACACAGGGCAGGGGAGGGAGCAGUGAGCAGUGACUGAAGACUGUGUAACUACUUGAGAGUUUCUUGCAUAAUUUAAUGCUUUCAAAAGCACUAUGUAUCUGGGGAAAUUGAGAAAGCCACAUGCAUGCUCAGAGCUAACAUUGUAAUUUCUAAUGUCUCAAAUUAAACAACAACAACAAAAAAUCACAGGACAUACAGAGAAAUUGAAAAUGAUGGACUAUUCAAAAGAACAAGACAGAGGGAGAGAAAUUGUCUCUGUGGAAGCCUGGAUAAUAAACAAAUUAGAAGACUUUAAAAAGUACAGUAUUAAACAUGUUCAAAGAACUCAAGGAUAUCAAGAAGAUGAUACAUGAACAAAACAAGAAUAUCAAUAAGGAGAUAGACACUAUAAAAGAGAACCAAACAAUUAGUGGAGCUAAAAAAUACAGUAACUGAAAUGAAAAAAAAAUGGAAGGGUUCAACAGCAGAUAUGACCUGGCAGAAGAAUUAGUGAACUAGAGAAUAAGGCAAUCAAAAUAUUGACUCUGAAGAGCAAAAAGGAAAAAAAAUAAAAAAGCUGAGCAAAGGCUAAGGGAAUUGUAGGACAUUAUCAAGCAAACUAACAUAUACAUCAUGGGAAUCACAGAAGGACAAGAAAGAGAAAGGGACAGAAAAAAUAUUUGAAGAAAUAAUGGCAGACAUUUUCCCAAAUUUGAUGAAGGACAUGAAUCUACAAAUCUAAGAAACUCAAACUCCAAGCAAGGUAAACCCAAAGAGAUCCAAACCAAGACACAUAAUCAAACUCUCAAAAACCAAAGAUUAAACACUCCUGAAAGAGCAAGAGAGAAGCUAAUUAUCACAUACAAGCGAUCCUCAGUAAGAUUAAGUGUCAAUUUCCCCUCAGAAGCUUUGGAGGCAGAAGGCAGUGGAAUGAUAAUAUUUAAAGUGCUAAAAUAAAAGAACUAUCAACCAGUAGUUCUAUAAACAACUAGACCUAACAUGCAUAGAAGCCAAUUCUCAAGUUCAUAUAAAUUUGCAAGGAGCCCCAAAUAGCAAAAACAAUCUUGAAAAAGAACAAAGUAGAUGGACUCACUCUUCUGCUUUCAAAAUGUACUGUAAAGCUACAGUAAUGAAAAUAGUGUGUUUCUGACACAAGAAUAAACAUAGAGCAAUGGAAUAGAAUUGAGAGUCCAGAAAUAAACCCAUACAUCUAUGGUCAAUUGAUUUUUAUACAAUGGUGAUAAGUCCAUUCAGUGGGGAAGAGAAUAGUCUCUUCAACAAAUGGUACUGAGACUAGAUCUCCCCAUGCAAAAGAAUGACGCUGAACCCAUACCUCAUAUCAUAUGUGAAAAUUAACUAAAAAAAUCAAUGAAGGACCUGAAUGUAAGAACUAAAACCAUAAAACUCUUAGAACAAAAUGUAGAUGUAAUGCUUAGGAACCUAAUUUUUGACAAUAGAUUCUUAGAUAUGAUACCAAAAGCUCAAGUAACAAAAGACAAAAUAGAUCAAUUGGAUCUCAAAAAUGUUUGUAUAUCAAAGGACUUUGUCAAAAAAGUGAGACAGAAUGGGAGAAAAUAUUUGGGAACCACGUAUCUGAUAAGGAUUAAAUAUCUGUUAUAGAUCGAAUUAUGUCCCCCUAAAAUGUGUCAACUUGGCUAGGACAUGAUUCCCAGGAUUAUGUGGUUGU